CAAAGCUGAAACACACACACACACACAGAGCUGACAGCCAGUGAAAGUUCAUCCUCAACAGCAACAACAGCAGCAGCUGUGACUGUGUGUGCCAAGGUGACACGAGGCCUAACUCUUAUCGUCUCUUACCAGUAUAACACCUAACUGUCUCUGUGUAGGAUGGCGUAUCACCGGAAUGAGGAGGAUGAGGAGGAGGCCGCUCGUGAGCGCAGACGAAGAGCGCGGCAGGAGAGAAUGCGCAGUAAGGACAGCGAGGAUGUGGCCUACCAACCCGAGACCCCAGAGCUCAACAACAGCCACAGCGUGAUGGUGACAGAGAGCGUAUCCACCUCAGUGGUGACCUCCAGCGGGACGGGAGAGGGGGACGAUGAGGAGCAGGCCCUGCUGGAGCGCCUGGCCAAGAGAGAGGAGCGCAGGCAGAAGAGGAUGAAGGAGGCGCUGGACAGACAGGAGGAUCUGGAGAGCAGCCAAACCUCCCACCACAGCCUGGAAGAGAGCAGCGGAGGCCUGCACCGCGGCCGGAGCUACGAGCCAGAGGAGGAGCACAACAGCAAGGAAGAGGUGAAACAGGUGGAAGAGGAGGAGGAGGAGGAGGUGCUGGUGGAGGAAAAGCCUCGGAGGUCUUAUUUGAGAGAACAGGAAUCCGUUGAGGAAAUAUCUAAAAUACCCGAGGAGGCCAAUAAUGAGCGAGAUCCUGUGCCUUCUUCUGAAGUACAUGAGGUGCUUGUAAAUGAAGACGCAGAUGAUUCUGCAGUUGUUUCGGAGACGGAAAAUGGCACUGCAGAGCUCGCUGCGGGUGUACAGGAGGAAAAGAGUGAGAUAGAGGGAUUGACAGAGAAUGGAGUGGAUGAAAUGAGAGAGGCAGGAAACUUUGAGAAAGAUGAGGUUUCAGAAAAUGACGAGUCUUUGAUGGAAGAUGAAGAUGUAAUGAGGAAAAAUAAACAGCCCAAUGGAGGAGUGUGCGAGGACAGCACUCCCAAACACAAGAAAGCUGAGAGAACUUUCAGCCGAGGCAGCUUGCGCUCUCCUGAGGCGCCAGAGGCAGACGAGGCAGACAGCGAGGAUGCUCGCUUGGAGGCCGAGAGAAAGCUGGAGGAACUGAAGAGGAGAAGAGAUGAGAUGGAGAGCGAGGAGUUUGAGAGGAUGAGGCAGAAACAGCAGGAGGCCGAGGUGGAGCUGGAGGAGCUGAAGAGGAAGAGGGAGGAGAGGAGGAAGGUGCUGGAAGAGGAGGAGCGGCGGAGGAAGCAGGAGGAGGCCGAGAGGAAAGCCAGAGACGAGGAGGAAAAGAGGAGGAUGAAGGAGGAGAUCGAGAAGAGAAGAGCAGAUGCGGCCGAGAAGAGGCAGAAAGUGGAGGAUUCGGUGGACGGAGAGGCCAGGAAGCCCUUUAAGUGUGUCAGUCCCAGGGGAUCCUCCCUGAAGAUCGGUGAGAGGGCAGAAUUUCUCAACAAAUCAGCACAGAAGAGUUCUGUGAAGGCGUCUCAUGCUCCUGUGGUGUCUAAGAUUGAUAACCGAUUAGAGCAGUACACCAGCGCCGUGCAGGGCCACAAAGAGGUCAGAUCUCCUAGAUCAGCUGCCAUAGAUCUUCCCAUGGUGACAGACGGUAUUCGCAACAUCAAGAGCAUGUGGGAGAAGGGGAAUGUCUUCAGCUCUGGUGGGAGCCCGGCGUCCACCAACAAGGAUGCAGCUGGGAUAAAGGUGGGCGUGGCCGGCCGCAUCAACGAUUGGUUGAACAAAACUCCAGAGAUGGGCAAAACGUCAGGAGGAAGACCCACGGACCUGAAACCGGGCGACGUGACCAGCAAACGCAAUCUAUGGGAAAACAAAGGGUCCUCUGCUACCAAGGUCACAAGCAGAGGAGAGACCAAAUCCGUCACCAAUGGAACGGGCCAUUAACCUUUCAAAGACGCCAGAGAGGCAGGGACCAAGAGAAUGCACAACAUUCCUUUUUUUUGUUUAUUUUUUACUUUUAUUAAUACCAAAAAAAAAUGCAAGCAUUUUCUACUGCCAGGAAGAUAUAUGUGAGUAGACACGGUAUAAAAGAGAGAAAAAUAAAAAAUAUAUACAUUUUAUCACUGUAUUCACAGGUCACCGUCUUGUACCAUCAUAAAAUAAACGCAAUGCCUUUGCAUGUAACUUCUGCUAAACUGAAAUCAUGGCUGUGAAAACAAGAGACCAAGUAAUUUGUUUCGAUUAUAUAACAGCAGCCAACUCAAAACAUUACGAGAUUCCAAGAAAAGGAGGACGAGGAGUUGCAUUCCGAACUGUCUUUUGUGAAAUCACAUUCAUUUUAAACAUGUUAGUUACCCUUCUCACCUGUUAAUUUAUAACUAAAGCAAAGCUUCACCUUGCAUUUCAUGCCUGUUCGCCAGUUCCGGACCGAAUAUGAGCACCCGUAGUGUAGCUGUAUUUUGUAUUUUUUGUCGUAACGACACUUUUUUUU